CAGAAUCAGCUUUAUUGGCCAAGUACACUUACACAAACAAGGAAUUUGACUUCAGUUAAAUUAGCUUUCACUGUACAUACAGACACUUAAGAAAUAAAUAAUUCAGGAGUAAUUAAAGAGUAACAUUGAUAUGUGCAAAGGGUUAAUACCAUAAUGUGAAUAUUAUAUAAUAGAAUAUAAUAUGUGAGCCAUAGAAUAAACACAGCACAAUCUGUUAUUCGCUUUUCAAUUGUGCAAAUUUUUUAAAAAGUUCUUAAUAGCCAACGUGUGACGGGAGAACGUUGAGAGGCGCUGGCCGAGAUCAAAUAUUAAAGUUAUUUUAUUUUGAUGAAAUGGACCAUUUUAAAUUAACAAACCAAGAAUCAAGUUUGUAAACGUAAAAAAGGUGUUUUUACUCAGUUUCUGCUAUUUUCCUACAGCGUAUGCAAUAGAUAUGCAAAUUAGACGAUGGCGUCAUCUAGCGACUUCUGGGACGAAUAGAUUUCUUCCUGAAAAGUUGGCAACAGUGGAGUACUGUACGUACUGUACUGUACAUUAUGAAUCCUUCCAUGGUUACAUUGUGACAGUUAGGUUGUGUGUGUGAUUAAUUUUACAAUCCUCAUUGUUUCUAAUGAGACUGAGAAAGUCUAUCGUAAACUAAAUGUGCGAGAAUUAUCGCAAUAAUACGAAAGUAAAAGAAAAAAAUUAACUGUCACUAAAACCCACCCUCAAUUCUGGAAUGUUCCAUUCUUUGGAGUGUGGUAUGUUUUUUGAAUGUUAUAAAAAACUAUUUGUUUGGCGUUUAAAGGACACUUUCAAUUUAUGUAGAGUUUUAAGUUACACAUUAAAUUUUGUCAAUGAUUGUAACGCGUCUAAAAUAAUCUCCCAUUCUGUCAUAGUAUUUAUUACAGAAGCGGACUCCCCUUCAUCGUAGUUAAAUGGCAAGCACGGUGUGCCGACGCGGAAGCGAUACCGAGCCAAGACCUGCAGUUAAUAUCUGGUUGCUUCUCUCUCGUUCUCACAAUAAAAUUAAAUUAAAUUGCUCUAAAAAUGAGCUCCCCGCGUUGGCUGCCAUUGGAGUCCAACCCAGAAGUCAUGACGAAGUUCGUCAAUUCUUUGGGCAUGAAGCUCAGCUGGCAGUUUGGAGAUGUGUAUGGGUUGGAUCCAGAGCUUCUCAGCAUGGUGCCGAGACCUGUGUGCGCUGUGCUGCUCCUCUUUCCUGUCACAGAGAAAUAUGAAGCCUAUAAACGAGAAGAAGAAGACCGACUGAAAAAGCAGCCACAGGAAGUCUCUCCGGACGUCUUCUUCAUGAGGCAAACCAUCGGCAAUGCAUGCGGAACAAUCGGAUUGAUCCACGCUGUGGCCAACAACCUGCCACACCUGGAAUUUGAGUCCAACUCUCCUCUCAAGAAGUUUGUAGAACUCACCUGUAAAAUGACUCCACAGGAACGAGGUGCCUUCUUGGAGAGAGAUGAGAGUAUUCGUGUCACACAUGAAUGCAGCGCUCAGGAGGGACAGACUGAGGCGCCAAGCUUAGACGAAAAAGUCAACCUUCACUUUAUAGCUUUUGUGAACGUCGGAGGACAAUUGUAUGAGCUAGAUGGUCGGAAACCUUUCCCUAUUUGUCAUGGAAAAACAUCGGAGGACACUCUUCUCGAGGAUGCCGUGGAGGUUUGUAAGACCUUCAUGGCUCGCGACCCGCAGGAGGUCCGUUUCACGAUCAUCGCCCUCUCCAAAGAUUAGUACUGAGGUGUGCCGUGAGCGGAGAAAACACUUCACUGCCAAACAUUCUCAAGUGCUGACUUUAUCUGCAUCAUAGCACUGAUUCGGGGCAAGCUAACAAAACAUUUUUCAAUAGAAACAAAUUAUUUCCACUAAUUACUUGUUGGGUUGGAUGAGAUUCGUCAUGAAUCACAGACGUGCUAGCUUGAGAUUGCACUAAAAAUGUUUACGUAGCAUGUUUGGCUUUUGACGAACGAGAGAAAUUGAGCACACCUAUCACGGCAUGGCGGCAAGGAAGUAGUUUGUCGUCGUUCACAGACAUAAUGACGGUGUUGUGAAGCGUUUACUAAUUCAAGCAUGUCUCCACUUUCUCCUGCUCCUGUAUGUCAGGCCAAGUCAAGACUCUAUGUCCUUGUGAACGGUGCCUACAUUUUUUUGUAAUAAUUUCAAAAAAACGAAAAGCACUUGUCAAUUAAACGCUAAAUG